ACUUCCGUAUCAGAACUUGCGCGGAGUCUGUCGUUGUGUUUUGUACGGAUGAUUACAAUCAUUUAACAGUAUCUGCUAGUAUCUAAGCACUUCAAAGAAAAUGGGAAAAAAACACAAAAACCACAAGUCCAAAUGGCGAACAGUGGAUGAGCUAGAUUAUGCAGAUAAAACUCUGGAGAAACCAAUAAAGCUUGUACUAAAAGUUGGAGGAAGUGAAGUUACAGAGCUUUCAGGUUCUGGGCAUGAUUCUAGCUAUUAUGAUGAUAAAUCAGAUCAUGAGCGUGAACGACAUAAAGAGAAGAAGAAAAAGAAGAAAAAAAAGUCUGAAAAAGAAAAAGAUAAGCAUCUUGAUGAAGAAGAAAGAAGACGACGAAAGGAAGAAAAGAAACGCAAAAGGGAAAAGGAACAGUGUGAUGCGGAGGAAGAAGUUGAAGACUUGGGGACAGCAAAGAAGACUGAGGAAGAAAAAAAAAGGAAAAGAGACAGAGAACAUAUGGAGAUAGAAACCGAAGCAGAUGGCGUUAACCUGGGACUGAAGAUGGAGACUGAGCAAACAGUUGAUAGACCUGUACGAGCAUGCAGAACUCAGCAAGAAAAUGAGUGCACACCUCUGCAACAACUAUUGGAACAUUUCUUGCGUCAGCUUCAGAGAAAAGAUCCUCAAGGAUUUUUUGCUAAUCCAGUUACAGAUGCUAUUGCACCUGGUUAUUCUAUGAUCAUUAAACAUCCCAUGGACUUCAGUACAAUUAAAGAUAAAAUAACAACAAACGAAUACAAAUCUGUUACAGAAUUCAAGGCUGAUUUCAAACUGAUGUGUGAUAAUGCAAUGGUUUAUAAUCGACCUGAAACUGUAUACUACAAGGCUGCGAAGAAAUUACUUCAUACAGGAUUUAAAAUGAUGAGUAAAGAGCGGCUUUUAGCAUUGAAGCGCAGCAUGUCGUUCAUGCAGGACAUGGAUUUUUCUCAGCAGGCAGCGAUUUUGGGAGAUGAAGACACAGCAAUAGAAGAAACUGUUCCUGAUGUUAUUCCACUGCCUGUAGAGACUACAAAGAAAUCAAAGAAACCAAUCAGAGAUAUGAAAGAAGUCAUAAGCUCCUUAUAUGAGCCAGAGGGAACUGCCUGUAGUUUAACAGACAGCACAGCUGAAGAACACGUACUUGCCUUAGUGGAGCAUGCUGCAGAUGAGGCCAGAGACCGUCUCCAGAGAUUCCUGCCGAAUAGCAAGAUUGGCUACCUAAAGAAAGAUGUGGAGGGUUGUGUUGUAUACACAGUAGUGAAUCAGUCCGAUCCAGAGGCUGAUGAGGAGGAAACCCAUCCUGUUGACUUAAGUUCACUUUCACAUAAACUGCUUCCUGGUUUAACAACAUUGGGUUUUAAAGAUGAUAGAAGGCAUAAAGUUACUUAUCUGAAUAGUGCAUAUAAUACACAGUCCCUUCAGAACAAUACAAUUUUCCCUGAUCUUCAGCCAGAAGAAAUGGACCUAUUAUAUUCCGCCUAUGGAGAUGAAACUGGUGUACAGUGUGCCUUAAGUUUACAGGAGUUUGUAAAAGGAUGUGGGAGUUUUACAAAAAAAUUUGUGGAUGACCUUCUUGACCAGAUGACAGGAGGGGAUCAUUCCAAGGCAACUUAUCACAUUAAACAGAAACGAAAUAUAGCAGUUAAACAUCCAGAUGAGAUUAAAGUGAAUCUUUCUGAUAUUCAGGUGGGAGAUUCAUCUUGUUUGGCUGGAGACAACACAUCCAUGGUAGAUUUUAUGUCAGUGAAAUCCUACUCUGAUAUGUCUCUUGAUAUGCCAAUGCUAAACACUCUAGGAAAAACUGUGAAGAAAGAGUUGGAUCAUGAUGAUGGCCAUCUACAUUUUGAUGAGACCACAAAGAUGUUGCAAGACCUUCAUGAGGCUCAGAAUGAUAGAGUGGGGUCAAGGCCCUCUUCUAACCUCAGUUCAUUAUCCAAUGCUUCUGAGAGAGAACAACAUCAUCUAGGUAAAGGCUCAAAUAAAACAAGAAGUCCUUCUCGUUUAAGUGUUGGAGAGCAAAAUGAAAUGGUACAUGACCCAUAUGAAUUUCUACAAUCUCCUGAGCCUGGUUCUACUGCUAAUAGCUAAUGUGUGUCAGUUUAUAUGCUUUUUGUUUGUUAACAAAAAGAUUUAAAUUAGUCCUUUUUGGGGCACAUAUGUAUAUAUUUAUGAAAUAAUAAAACAAUCUCUGUGUAUUAUACUUGUAGAUUUUUAAUGAUGUAUAUUUACUUUUGGCAAACUAUUAAUAGAGCUAUUUAUAUAGAUAAAUAUGUUUGUCCUGAGUGAUUUGUUUUUUUGUUGGAUGUUUUACAGUUACAUCAGUUAACAUCAUAAUUAUAUUUUGUGUUUUAAGGUCGUUGACAGAACCCAAGUAUAUUUUCAGAGUUGCACAAAUCAAAUCUUUAUCAGGAUAGUGUACACUGAAAAAAUGCAGACAAACAUAUCUCAAUGUGGAGAUUAUUUUGCUGAUGAAAUCAGGUAUCAGUUGACUGAUUCACUUACACUACAAACUAGUUUUCAGUUAGUUUGUUACUCAUUAGUGUAAUUUGUUUGUAUGUUCAUGCAUUAAAGAUGAUUAAGUAUAAUUCA